AUGUCUGCUACACACGAGACUAUUGCCAGCCCAGAUAUCUAUGGACCGGGCACUUUCGUGGACAAGAGCUUUCUCGCCGUCCCCCACGAUGCUCGUCGAGUCUUUGAACUCCUCGCUAAUUCGACGCCCAACUUUACCCAGAACCGCAAUGCAUGGAAUUCGGUCAAAUUUGAGGGCUAUGACGACCCCAUGAUUCCAGGACCACUCAAAGCUCCUGUCAUCGCCGCUGCGCUUCAUGCCAUGUGUGGUGUUGUUGCUAAUGAGCUGCUGGCCGAAAGGGAUGGUCAAGAAGCGGAAGACCGUAGCGUGACUAUCAAUACCGACCAAGCUGCAAUCUGGCUUGGAUCUAUUUUGACGAUUCGGUUGAAUGGAUCCGAGGUCACUGAACUUAUGAAGAUGGGCAAGGGUUCUUCAAUUUUUGACCGCGACUUCGAGAAGGGUGUUUUUGAAAACCCCCUCAGACUUCGAACAACAGCCAUUUAUCCGACUAAGACUCCUGGUGUUUGGUACCAGCUCCAUGGGUCACUUCAUGCGGAUCCCGUUCUGCACGCCAUUGGCAUCGAUCCCGCAACCAAAUGCGAAUCCGCAGCCGAUGCCUACAGUCUGAUUCGCGAGCAGACCCAGAAGUUCACCGCAGAUGAAUUGGAGAUGAUCAUGAUUAAAAAUGGAUUUUGCGGGAGCAUCUGUCACACUCCGGAUGGGUGGAGCAAGACAUUGAUGGGGAAGCGGCUGCAGGCCCAUCCAUUCAUUAACUAUUCCCAUCAGUCCCAUGCUGCACCAACGCUACCGACCCCUCUGCCAGUUCUGCCGGAAGACAGGCGUCCACUGGCUGGUAUCAAGGUAAUUGAGCUUGUUCGAAUUAUCGCCGGCCCGGUGAUUGGAACCACCUUGGCUGCACUCGGGGCCGAUGUGAUCCGCGUCAACUGCAGCAAACUUCCGGAUAUCAAUGCCUUGCAACUGACCCUGAAUGCCGGAGUACGGACCAUUGACCUAGACCUUACCGAUGUCGACGACGUAGCUCGAUUGAAGGAGCUGUGUCAAGAUGUGGAUAUUUUCAUCCAAGGCUUCCGCCCGGGCUCUCUGGAGAGAAAAGGAUUCGGCUUGAACCAACUUCUGGAAAUAGCCAGUAAACGAGGCAAAGGUGUUGUCUACGUAGAAGAAAACGCUUAUGGGCCCGAUGGUCCCUUCUACGAGCGACCGGGAUGGCAGCAAAUCGGAGAUGCGGCUUCCGGUGCUUCCUUCGUAUCCGGAAAAUCGCUUGGUUAUGCCGAUGGAACCAGUGUUCUUCCUCCCCUUCCCAUCUCGGAUAUGACUACCGGACUUGUUGGAGCUCUCGGUGCUUUGAUGGCACUUCGUGACCGCACGCGAAAUGGAGGAUCCUACCGCGUGCUCAGCUCCUUGGUUGCCGCUGAUGCGAUCUCGCUUCAGCCUGAGAUCGGCCUAUAUUCUCCGGAGGUUGUGCAGAAAAAUCAGGAGACUUUCCAGUGGGAGACCAUGGAGCCUUCGCAGUAUGUGUCGGAGCUGCUGAUGGUCGUCCUGAAUGGCUGGAAGAGGGUCUACCCGGAAUAUUUCACUCGGGAAUCGCCCAUCAUGACAACCUUUGAGAAAAGCCACUGGGGACACUUGCAGUUGCUGAGCCCCGUGGUCAAGCUUGGUGACGACUCCGCCACUGCUCGCUGGACUACCCCAUCCGUACCACACUGCUAUUACGACCGCGGCAUUUCAUGGCACCCGAGCCCACGGACAACCUAA